AGGCCGGGGCUGUAGAGUUGUUUCCGUAGUGGGCGGUUUGGUGACUGCGGGCGGUGCAACAGACUCUAAAUGGCUUCUAGGAAGUCCGCUUCAGAUUUACAAGGGCCUUUUAGUUACCUAGAGGAUGUCCCGUUCAAAAUUGGUGACAAGUUUAAGGUGCCUGAUAAAGUUGGACUUCCCAUUGGAUUCUGCAUGCCUGAUAUCACCGAGCUUGUGAGAGAGGUUCAUUAUGAUUUCUCUCUUGAGAAAAAAACAAUUAAAUGGGCUGAAGAAAUUAAACAAAUUAAAGCUGUGCAGAAAGAGGCAGAGCUAAAGGCCGAGGCUGCUAUUUCCCACUCUGAUGAUGGGGCAUCUGGCUGCAAUGAGGGAAAUGAAGGGAUGGACUUCCCGCCUCCUAUUAACCCUGUUCAUGCCAGCCUCCAGCAUAAUAAUAUACUCACACCCACUCCUGCCAACAACAGUGCCAUCCCUUCUAAAGUGAGCAGCCCUCCGCACAUCAAUGCUGACUUCAACCCUGCUGACUUUGAGUGUGAAGAGGAUCCAUUUGACAAGUUAGAAUUAAAAACCCUUGAUGACAAGGAAGAAUUAAGAAAUAUUCUUGGUGUCCAGGCCAGGUCUGCUGUUGUAAACCAAGACAUAAAUAAGGAUAAUUCCUCAGAGGCAGGUAAGGGGCAGGACCCUGCAUCUGCUGUUAAGGAGGAGGAUGUCCCAACCGCUGUGGAUCAAGUUACCUUGGACUUCAAGCUCCUUCGCAAACCCAAUGGCUUUAUUAAUUUACCACAGUUAGAAAACUGUGAACUAAUGCCCCCGUCUUCCAACGUAUCCCUUUCUCCUUUCACUUCAGUCAGCAAUAUCAAAUCCCUUUCAUUUCCCAAACUUGACUCUGAUGAUGGUGAUCAGAAAAUGACAAAGUUUUCAAGCACUUUGCACAGCACUACCUGCCUCCCCAACAGCACUUUUCUGGACACCUUAAAAGCCUGCUCUCAGCAUAACGCCAACAAACUAAAUGGGCACCAUGCACUGGGGAAUUCUGGGAUGCAUUUGGACAAUGUGAGUGGACAGCCAGUUUUACCUUCACCUGCAGCAGCAGCUACGCUGGUAGCUUGUACAGAAGGAACAGCACAGAUCUGCCUAAACAAUGACAGCAAGUAUAUUGCAUUAUCGAAGGUGCCUAGUGGAGUCUUCUGCACCAAGAGGCUGGCAGGGCCUGGCUACGAGGAGCUGCUGCAGGCGCUCUCAAGCAGUGAGAGGCAAUGUGCAGAAACUAUAGUCGGUAUGGGAUACUCAUACGAGCACGUCAUGAGAGCAAUGCAGAAGAAAGGCCAGAACGUGGAACAGGUGCUUGAGUACUUGUUCAUUUAUGCCCAGUUGUGCGACAAAGGUUUUGAUCCGCUUCUUGUGGAAGAAGCUUUGGAAAUGUAUCAGUGUUCAGAAGAAAAGACCAUGGAGUUUCUUCAGUUGAUGAACAACUUCAAAGAAAUGGGAUUUAAGCAAAAAGACAUUAAAGAAGUUCUAUUAUUACAUAAUAAUGACCAAGACAAAGCUCUAGAGGAACUUAUGGCACGUGCUGGUGCAAGCUGGGGCUCCCAGCCCUCCCCACACUCACAGCCACCUCCU